AUGACAUCCGUUGUGGAUGGGCUGUGGAACCUGCGCAACGCUCCUUCGCUUGAGAAGUACUGCGGGGUUGCGCAGCAGGGCGGUCUUGCCACUUAUUUGGCAGUUACGGACCUCCAGUGGGCUUGUGAUGUGGCGUCUCAUCUCGCCAUGCUGUUCAAUGCCUACGAGGCGGGGGUGCGUGGUGACGACUGGCUCCUGCUUGAUGAUUUCAUGUCGCCUGACGCGCAAUACAUCGUGCUCCGUGGCCAGGUGGCGUCCGCGGCCGCCGCGGAGCAGGCGCCCUACCCGAGGGCUAAGCGUGCGCUUCGUUGCGGGGCCACGCGCGUUGCCACAGAGGCCGACAAGGCCUACCUGCUUGACCGGCUGGGCUCGGGCCUCCCCACCCCGCUGCAGUUUGUGGAUGACUUGACGGUCGCAACCUCCUCGCCAGGUGCUCUCCGCGCCAUCGUCUCGCGUGAGCCUUGGUCGGCCUGCUCCCGGUAUGCGAGCUACAAAUUUUACGUGGUCCGGCCCGCCCUGCUCAAGCUUGACCAGCUGGCGUUCCAGCAGGCAGCAGCUGCAUCACUGCCAGUGUUCCGCCUGCCGUUCUCGGCGUGGCUGUCUGGGCCGCCUGGCCUCCAGUGGAAUUUGUUGGACUUG